ACACUACAGUCAGACUUAUCUGCUUAUACUUAGAUAUCUAUCUCUAUUUCUAUCUCUACUCUUACCUAUUUACAAACACAACACUUCUUACACUACAUCAAUCAAAAUGGUCUUCAACUGGUUCAAGUCUUCCAAGGAGGAAUCCUCCGCUACCCAGCAGCCCUCCUGGGACGCCAACACCAUGACCAUGCAGCAGCCUUCUAGCCCCGAGGCUCCUUCCACUGAGCGCGUUGUUACGCAGCAGCCUAACUCCCAGGAAGAAAUGAAGAUGGGCCUGCGUGGUGGUGGUGCCGGUGAUGUGUGCUGCGGAGUGUAUGUUCUUCCUCCCCUCUUUCCUUUCUCUAUCCAUCAUAAUAGUCAAGCUAAUUGUUAUUCUCUAGUUGCGCCGGUCUCCUUUGCUUCGAGUGCUGCGAAGAGUGCUGCUAAACACCUUCCCUUCCCUCUCAUACAUACGUUCGACUACUGUCUCCGUAUCUUGACGAACAACAAAGAUAAAAGAAGAAUACCCUCUUAAAGAAAACGGACAUGUGCCAUCUACGAGACGAGCUAUGAAAUGUGGACCCGGAUGAAGUGGAUCAGAUUUUUGGGUCGAUGAUUCCAUGGAUGGAAUGAUGGAUGGUGUUUCAGUUAAUUUUGGAUUUGCCUUGCGAGAUCGCUUAUACCCGGUGUAUUUAUCCCAUCUACGUUUUCUCUAAUUUCGCUUGGUUCUUUGAAUGAAUUGAGUUAAGAUGAUUGCUUAUUUCUCGGUUGGCCAGUGCGCUGUAGAU